AUGAUAUCAAUAAAAGAAUUCAAUUCGGCCCAAAGUAUUCAUUUGAGGAGUAGCGACCCAUGUGAAUUAUUAUCGCUUCGUAAACCAACCUUGAACACGUCCUUUAAGUCAAAUCCUAUACUUCCAGCUCCGGGAGUGAGCAGGAACCCUGCCAUCGAUACUGAAGCUAGUCGCUCUCAAGAGCGACGGAAUGAAGAUGCCGCCAUAAACCGGAACUCUCGGGGGGUAGCAUCUGAGAACAGUGGACGUAUGAAGGCAUUUUUAAGUUGUAAGGAAAUAACUAACAUUGCAACCUACAACGUCAACACACUACUUGAUGAGGAUAAGAGGUGGGAAUUACAGCAUUGCAGCCAAUGGCAAUACAUAGGAAUUCUCGCUCCACAAGGUGGAGUUGGACUCCUCUUAGAAAGGAAAGCUAGAAAAUCUUUACUGAAAGUGGUACCAUCUAAGAGUGGAAGAAUACUAGUAGCUGAAUUUGAUGGAAAUCCUCUAACAACCAUCAUAGUUAUCUAUGCACCUACAAACUGUGCAGAGGAAUCUGUCAUCGAGGAAUUCUACACAGGGCUAAGAAACCAAACAAACAGAAGUGGAAACUAUCUUGCUGAAAUUCUCGUUGAAUUCGGUCUACUAGCAGCAAACACACAGUUCAAGAAGCGUCCUGGAAAACUUUGGACAUUCAAAUGUAGAGCAUUCAACACACUGAGACAACUUGACUACAUUCUUGUUCGUCAAAAAUGGAGAAAUAGCGUACAUAAUGCAGAAGCGUACAACUCCUUCAGCACAGUUAAGUCUGACCAUAGGAUAGUGUCUGCGAAGAUCAAGCUCAGUUUUAGAACCUCAAAAACAACCCAAAAAGUCAAGUACGACUGGAAACAGUUCUCCAGCAACCCUAAGCUUCAGCUAAAUUACACAUUCGCUGUGAAGAACAGAUUUCAGAUAAUGGCUGAUAAAUCACUCAGGUCAUCUGACUCCAGAGUCUCUGAAGCUCGCCAGAAGGCUCAAGAAGCCCAGAGGCAAUAUGAGUCAUCUAAAGCUGACGUGGGCAAAGAUCGCUGGUCUGAAGCAGUGAAUAACCUCUAUCAAGCAUACAAGCUGGCACAAGAAGAAGAACUAGCAGAACAGAUACAAGGAAAUCAACCUGAUGUAGACGAGCCUGAGGAGGAAAUUCCAAACGUGUUUUAUGAUAUCGACAUUAAUGAUGAACCCUUCACUUUGGCUGAAUACAGAAAAGUGAAGUUCUCCCUGAAGCUAGGCAAAGCAGCAGGUCCCGAUGAAAUUCCCCCGGAAGUCUUCAAACUGUAUGACUUGAUCGAGUUUGUUUAG